ACUGCAAUCAUCUCUUUCUAUUCUCCAUUUGACAUAGUCUCUUCUCUAUUUAAGAUUGAACUCUUUUUUUUUUUAGACAUUUCCCUUAUUAUCUUUAGACAUUGUCCAUGCAAGACAAUAAAGAACCUUGAACCUUAAACCUGAUGUGUGAAAAAAGGGGAGGGGCGUGUCAUGUCAACCAUUUCACUUUGUAACUCAUGCACUUUUAUCAAAAUAUAACACUUGGGAGAAAAAUAGCUACACAUUACCUCGCAAAUCCUAUAUUACCACCAAUAAUACCACUUUCUGCCACAGAACUCACUCUGUACACAUCACUGUAUGUACUGUACAGUGGUGUGCAGGACACAAUGAAUAUUCUUUUCACUAAGUCAUUCAGUAGUACUUCCGUUUCACGUCAUUACUCGUGAUUAGCCACUGCUAAUGCAGUGAAACAAAACUUCUUUAUUGUUUUUCACAUUUCUCUGGUGACAUGAAUACUUGACCUAACUGUGGCGAUGCGUUCUGCGGGCACUUCAUAAACUAUUUGAAUACAUUCAAUGUUUUUCUUACCGCGAAGACGAAGGGAUUUUAUUUUUCCCGCGCCACAGAGCCCGCGUCAUCAGAGAGAGCUAACAGAAGCUAACACAAGCUAGCAGGCAGCUAACAGGCAGCUAGCAGGCAGCCGGCUCCACCUUCACACAGCUGACACCAACCGCCUUAAAGUUCAUAUUAUUGUCAACUCAGCCAUGGUGAGGAAGGCCUCCAGAAAGGUUGACAGGUACACGCAGACAUUCAAGUCCCAGAGACAGAGGAGGACCCCCCCUGCCCCUCCAGCCAGAACCAUCAGGACCCGCAGCCAGUGCAUCACCAGCAGCACCAGCUUCUUCAACAGGCUCCCAGCAGAGGUGUUCCACAUGAUCCUGGACCAGCUGUCAGUGCUGGAGAUCAGUGUGUUCAGCAUGGUGUCCAAAGAAAUCACUCAGUGCAUUGUGGACCACAUCUCCACCCUGGCCUGGAGGAAUAAAGUGAUCACCCAAAGCUUUCACCCCUCCACCCGCUUGGAGCUGACGUCUACUGUUGCACACUACAGGAACCUGGGUUUAUUGUUCAAGCGAUGCACCCUGCUGCUGCCAACGAAAGAGAGGUUAAAGUUGAUCUUCAGCAUGUUUGCACAGAUUCCCUGCUUCAUGCUGGAGCAUUGUCUAGUUCCCGACUGCAUUGGCUUUACCAGCUGUGGUGUCUUCCUCCAGACGCUCAUUGCAGGGUGGGAUGAGCUGGAGUGCCACAGAGUGUUCAACUUCCUGUGUGAGCACACAAACCUGCUGCCAAGAAUGGAGGCAGUCAUCACUGCAAAACCAGGGGUGAGGCAGUACAAGGAGCUGCAGCUCCGGCUCUUCUGUCGUCGGGUUCUGUUGGACCCAUGGCUGACUGAGCCAGACUGUCAGUUCUGGCUGAGGCAACUUCUCAGGUCUUUGCCCAUGGUCAGCCAGGCUCGCCUACUGUUCAUCCUCUACGGACCCCUGCUGCCUGAGGUGUCUCUACCUGCAGGCUCUCUCGGUUGGCAGGACGUGGUAGAGCGAGUGCUGCCUCACACUGCCCUGUGGGAACUGGCCAGGACCGUCCUCCUGCUUAAUGGCAACCUUCAAGUGAAGGGCUGGACCUUCGACUCGAUGCUGGUGGUCCUGGAGGAGCUCAUUGUCAUUCCCCAGCCAUGGCAUUUGGAGAACGUGGCUCGUCUCUUGGUCCUGUGUGGCAGCAGCCUCUGCUACACUGUGCUUGCCAGCAGGGCCGUGAACGGUCGACUGGUGGAGAUCUCCAGACUCAUCGUCUACAUCAUACUGGUGUGUGAGAAGGACGGCUACUACAUGAGCUGGGCGGUGAAGUUGGUCCAACACAUCUGCCAAGUCUUCCACAGUGCUCCCGAAAAGUUCUGCUUCAUCCAACACCUGGAGAGCAUGUUCACAGAGAUCACCAGGGAGUUCUUUGAGCUUUCUCUAGCAGUAAACCACCUUGAAGACAGGGAGACUUUCCAGAACCUGUGCAUCCUCCUGGACUCCAGCGCUCGCUUCCACACCAAAUUCCUCCACAUGCUGCUGAAAUAGAAACAUGACGAGAUGUGAAAAAGAGGAAGGAGAGAUGGAGAAGAGACAAGCGCCAAUAAUGAGGGUCAGCUGAAGAGAGAAGGAGAGAGUCAUAAGACCUUUAAAACAACAGUAAAGAAUUGAACAUGGGAGGGGUUGUCACAGUAGCGUUGACAGUUCAGAGAAAUCUCGGGAGGAAUUAAGUUGACAGUUCGCUAUGUGCCAUAAACAAUGUUACAUUUGCUGGUUGAAAAUGGAUUUUUAUAAGCAGUAUUUAAUAUUUAUUCAUUCACAGCAACAGUAUUUAUAUAACACUAUUCAUUGUAUCCACGUUGAAUCUCUCUGUGUAAACAUAGUUGCAAUACAAUAUUCACAUUGUUUUUGUGUAAUUUAUUAAAUUGAUAUUUUCAGUU